AUAUAUGAAGCGGGGGGAAGUUCGGACUGGAGCCUCCAGGCUGGACCGGGUUCGUUUAGUCGGUUCUGUCACGGAUAAUAAACACUCCGGACGCUGCGGGCCGCCGCCAUGCAGAGCAGCGACUCUCCUCCAGCGGACAAGCCCGAGUCCGACUCCCCGGCGGCGGAGCGCCAGUCCCCGCCGAACAAAGGCAGCCCGGCCGCGGCGCCCCAGCGCUCCCCCGCCGGCCCCGCGGAGCAGCAGCAGCAGCAGCAGCAGCAGGAGGAGGCGGAGGCGGCGGCGGCGGCGGCGGCGGCCGGGGACGGAGGCUCUGAGGGGCCGGCGGAGAUGACCCUGGACCUGGCCAGCUUCCGGCGGCCCGGGGAGAAGACGUUCACGCAGCGCGCGCGGCUGUACGUGGGCGGGCUGCCGCCGGACGUCUCCGAGGAGCAGUUCAAAGACAUGUUCUCCAAAUACGGGGAGGUCAACGAGGUGUUCAUCAACCGGGAGCGGGGCUUCGGCUUCAUCCGCCUGGAGACUCGGACGCUGGCGGAGAUCGCCAAGGCCGAGCUGGACGGGACGGUCCUGAACAACCGGCCCAUCAGGAUCCGCUUCGCCACGCACGGCUCUGCGCUCAAAGUCCGCAACCUCCUCCCGAUGGUGACCAACGAGCUGCUGGAGCAGGCGUUCUCUCAGUUCGGGCCGGUGGAACGAGCCGUGGUGGUGACGGACGACCGGGGGCGGCCCACGGGCCGAGGCAUCGUGGAGUUUGCGAAUAAAGCGGCGGCACGGAAAGCUCUGGAGCGCUGCACGGAGGGAGCGCUGCUGCUGACCACCACGCCGUGUCCGGCCAUCGUGGAGCCCUCGGAGCACUUCGACGACGAGGACGGCCUGUCGGAGAAGCUGCUGCAGAAAACUCCCCGAUACUACAAGGAGCGGGAGCAGUCGCCGCGGUUCGCCCAGCCGGGGACGUUCGAGUUCGAGUACUCGUCCCGCUGGAAGGCUCUGGACGAGAUGGACAAGCAGCAGCGGGAGCAGGUGGACAAAAACAUCCGCGAGGCCAAAGAGAAACUGGAGGCGGAGCUGGAGUCGGCCAAGCACGAGCAUCAGCUGAUGCUGAUGAGACACGACCUGAUGAGGCGCCAGGAGGAGCUGCGGCGGCUGGAGGAGCUCCGCAACCAGGAGCUGCAGAGGAGGAAGCAGAUCGAGAUGAGACACGAGGAGGAGCGGCGGCGCCGGGAGGAGGAGCUGCUGAGGCACCGCGAGCAGGAGGACCUGCGGCGGCAGCAACCCAGCUACGUGGAGAACAGGGAGCAGGACACGAGGGCGGGCGACUCCGGCCUGCGCGGCGCCGUCAACAUGCCGGGUACGCCAGUUUUUACCGCCGCAGGGGAUCCAGGCUGCUCUCCUCACGCUCCUGCUGUUUUUGCUUCAGACGGCUUCAGCCAGGCUGCUCCGCCCUCCGCCAUGAGCCAAGCUCAGAUGAUGGCCGCCGCCGGCAGGACGGCGCCCGUCGGCCCCGAAGGAGCCGUGAACAUGGGCUCGCCGCUGACGUCAGACAACGGCGCCAUGCGGGGCGACCGGUACCCGCAGGCCGCGCCGCCCGCCGCAGGCCGACCGGAGGUUGAACCCCCCCCGCAGCAGCAGCAGCAGCAGCAGCCGUCCCCGCUGGGCCCCCAGGCCGGACCUGCUCCUGGAUUUGGACGGGGGAGUCCAGCAGGCGGCGGCGGCGUCUUCGACGGGCCGAACAACAAACGCAGAAGAUACUGACUCCUCAACACUUCCUGUCUCCUCAUGAAUUUUGUAGAUUUCUCCCUGUGCGUGGACCGAGUGAGUCACGCUGCUGCUUUUGGUGUGUGUGUGUAUGUAUGUAUGUAUGCGUGCGUGUGUGUGUGGGUUGGGGGGGGGGGGGGGGGGGUGCAGUCGCUAUGGCAACCAUCAUCUGGACUUCACUGCAACAAGCUACCAGAAGAAUCGGACUUUAUAAGAAGGUUCCAUCGACAUGGAAACGCCGCUGCACCGGGAGGAAAUUCUUUCCUCGAAUCCUCAACAAAUAAUAAAAGAAUCUUCCUUCCUGUUAAUGUGAAGAUGUGGCGGCCCCCUCUCUCCUCUCUCCUCACCAAUAAACAAGUUUUG